AUGAAAUUUCUUGAAACUCCCAGUGACGAUGCUUCGAUCUUCCAAUAUAUCCCAGUUGCCGGAUUAGAAUUCUUUAGAAAAUAUGACUUUUCUAGACCAUUUCCACUUCCAGACAUCCGUUGCAUGUGCCGUGCUUGUCGUUACUCCAAAUGCCUCGAAGUAGGAAUGAAUCCAAUGGGUGUCCUCGCUAAACCAUCUCUUUCUUCCAAGCCAUCCCCGGACCCCGCUGAAACCAUCCAACCCUUCCCCAGCUCACCCACUCAGACUACUCGAGCUGCUCUACUGACCAUCACCCUCCCAUCAUCCUUCAAUGACUGUAUGCCACUCCUAUCCAAAAUGAGAUCAAACUACCAAAAACUAUGCGAUGCCCGAAUUGUGAUUCACAGGGAGGAGGGACAGAGUUUGUUUGAGGAGAAGGCUCCGAGAGCACUAAAUUACCAAGAAUCAGUGGCACAAAGUGUGAAGGAUGUGAGAUUGACAUCGGAUUGGAUCUCUUGGUGUUUCGAUGAUUUUGUGAAGUUGCCGAUAAAAGAGAAGAACAAUCUAUUCCGUAAUUUCUAUAUCUAUUAUUACAUGAUGGAGGGUGCAUUUGCUAGUCACUUGGCUAACAAGAUAUACGCGGUAGUGUUGCCAUCUGGAGACUACUUGGAUAUGACUCAAAUGGAAAGGUUUUAUGGGAGUAUAGAAGUGAAACAACCGUUGGAUAAAGAGCAGAUUGAGAAUUUGUUCAAGCCAUCCAUCGACUAUCAUCGUAAAGCUCUCAUUCUCCCAAUGAUAGCUGAAGAACUUGAUAUUUAUGAAUUCUUUGCUCUAACCACCCUCCUCCUCUGGAACACUACGCUAGAGACAAUCACAGAAGAGACGAUAAAGACUGGGAAGAGAGUCAAAGAUCAAGUUAUGAAAGAAAUCGGAUUCUAUUUGAAAAACGUGAAAAAAGUCGAGGAUCCUGUUGUAAGAGUGGCUACAAUUGUGAACAUGCUGCCUGACGUGUAUAAGGUUACGACUAGGAUUCAAGAUAAUUUGGAGAUGACUCAAGUGUUCAAUAUUUAUACUGCAGAUAGGCAGUUUCAUGAUUUGAUAACUGGAAACUUUAUUUGA